GGGCCUGGCGGGGCGCGUUUCCGCCGUGAGCGCGGCCGGGCCGGUCCCCGGGCAGCGCCAUGUCGCCGUGGUGGUGCGCGCUGCGCGCGGCGCUGCGGGUCUACGUGGCGGGCGCGCUGGUGGCGCUGGCGCAGCUGCUGCGCCGCUGCUUCGGGGGCUUCUCCGAGCCAGCCUUCCCCCCACAGCCCGGGCGCGUGGCCAUCGUCACGGGAGGCACCGACGGCAUCGGCUACGCCACGGCCAGGCGGCUGGCCCGACUGGGCAUGCACGUGAUUCUCGCCGGGAACAAUGAGCACAAGGCCCAGGACGUUGUGAGGAGGAUGAAGGAGGAGACUCGGAACCCGCAAGUGGAGUUCCUGUACUGCGACCUGGCCUGCAUGCGCUCCAUCCGCGACUUCGUCCAGCACUUCCGGAGGAAGGCGCUGCCCCUGCACGUGCUCGUCAACAACGCGGGCGUCAUGAUGGUGCCGCAGAGGAGCACCCGGGACGGCUUCGAGGAGCACUUUGGCCUCAACUACCUGGGCCACUUCCUGCUGACCAACCUGCUGCUGGACGUGCUCAAGGCCUCGGGCUGCGCCGGCCGCUGCGCCCGCGUCGUGUCCGUGUCCUCGGCCACCCACUACGUGGGCCACAUGGACAUGGCCGACCUGCAGGGCAGGCGCGGGUACUCGGCGCACGGUGCUUACGCGCAGAGCAAGCUGGCGCUGGUGCUGUUCACCUACCGGCUGCAGGCGCUGCUGGACGCGCAGGGCUGCGCGGUGACCGCCAACGCCGCCGACCCCGGCGUGGUGGACACGGGCCUCUACCAGCACGUCUUCUGGGGCUGCGGCCGCCUCCAGCGCCUGGCCGCGCCCUGGCUCUUCAAGACCCCCGAGGAAGGCUCCUGGACGUCCGUGUUUGCGGCCGUGUCGCCCAGGCUGGAGGGCCGCGGGGGCCGCUACCUCUACAACGAGCGGGAGACGCGCUCCGUGGCCGCCAGCUACGACACGCGGCUGCAGCAGCAGCUCUGGGCCACCAGCUGCCGGCUGACGGGCCUGCGGGACACCACACGCCCUCUGACCCCGGAGUAGCCCCCGGCGAGGAGGGGGAGGGGCCUCCAUGGCCGCCCCGCCCACCCCCGCAGCCCGCACCCCGCACAGGCCACGAGAGGCUGGACACGUUUGGGGGCUCUCCGACCGCCCGGCUUUCAAGAUUCGCCCCCGACACUCGGAAAAAUCCAAGUCCCCCUCGUGCAACACUGGACACGUGUUCCCCGUGAGGACCCCAGCCCCUGCAGACAUGGACGCUGGUGGUGGUGGUGGCCGGGCAGAAGGCCACCGUGUCCUGCUGUCCAUUGCCCCGGCCUCCGGGAGGGUGAUCGAUUCCGGGAUCGACCACGUCGCCGGGAGCACUAACGGACCUUCUUCUGCGUCGUCCCUCCUUGAUUCAGAAGCGAAAGGAAGGAGAAUGACUGAAGGGGUGGGGGCGUCGUCUUGAAGACGUGGGGUGAGACUCUUACGAGCACUCCCGUCUCCCUCACCCGUGUACUCGUGUAUUCCGUCGUCUGUUUGUUCUCACAAGGGAGCACUUUUGUACCCCACCCGGCCGCCCCCUCCACGCUAGCUCUUUCCUGACACAGUGGGGGUCCGCUUUGCCAAGGCCUUGACUGCCCCUCACGGACACUCAUGCCACCCGGAUGGCAGGCGCUGAGGACCAGCCCAUCCACCCCCUGCGGACGUCCCCCUUCCGUCCACACCCCGGGUCACAAACAGAGCGUGCCCGCGUGGUGCAGACCCCCCAGUCAUGCUCCUAAGCCCCUCUUUGCCAGACUUGGUGGCUGCGGUGAAAGUCCAGAACCUCUCAGAGGGUCCGGAACCCUGCGGAUGACAGAUGGGCCAAAGCCUUGGUUCCGCUCGCCCUGAAAAUUCCCGAGCGGGCUGGGCAGACAGGAGUGGGGUGUGCGGUUGGCAGAGGUGUACCAACGUCUCAGCCAUCUGUGGCCGUGGCCUGAGUCCCCCCCACCCCCCAGGGAAGGGGCACCAGCCCGUGGCUCAGAGCAAAACCCCGAGUCCCCCGACGGGAGGCGGAGACUUGUCCUUGGCCGAUGAUGGCGCGUGUCUGCUGACACGGGCUCCGGGAAUCCGUGCUGCUCUUGCCCACGCUCCCCGGAAUCUCACUCUGGUGUGUUUGCGUCUGUGUUGGACCCACGCGUGGCUCUGAACUCCGGCAUCCCACGUGGCGGGGCUUGGGCAGAGCAGAUGCCCGACCCGGCGUGGGCUCCGAAGCUUCCUGAGGGCAGGCGGGUGUGUGCUCAAGGCAGAAUGACCCGCAGCGUUAAAGCAGCGCCAUGCUAAGCCACGUUCCAGCACCGCCAUGUUUGGGCACCGCAUGUCCAAGCACGUAUGAGCCGCGUCUUCCAAAGCCACGUCCCAGCUACAUCAUGUUUGAGCACCGCCUGUCCCAGCCACGUUUGAGCACCACCUUCCCCGGCCACGUUCCAGCCGCGCCUGCCAAAGCCACGUUAGAGCAGCUCGUCCCAAAGCCACAUUGGAGCACCACCAUGUUUGAGCACCGCAUGUCCAAGCCACGUAUGAGCAGCGUCUUCCAAAGCCACGUCCCAGCUCCGCCAUGUUUGAACACCACAUGUCCAAGCCACGUCUGAGCAUCACCUUCCCGGCCACGUUCCAGCCGCGCCUUCCAGUGCUGGCCCAGAGACGGACUCGGGGGAAAGCAAAGGCGUGACGGAGCUUCCAGCAGCCGAGGCCCGCUCUGCGAGGCACAUGCCACCCAUUCGUUCAUUCGCUCCUGCACAGUGCUCAGCCGUUCAUUCGUUCACCCCUGCUACACUGGCUCAGCCAUUCAUUCAUUCAUUCACCCCUGACACACUGGCUCAGCCAUUCACUCAUUCACCCCUGGCACACUGCUCAGCGCGGGACACGGCUUCAGUGCGCUCGGAUGGCGUGGGACAGGCUGGGCCGGGCCUGCAUGGGACACUGCCCGUGUGGGGCUAGAGGCGACCCAGGACACGCGAGACACGCGUGUGGCCUCCUGGACACGGGCGGGGAGACCUGGCGAGCAGCAGCCCUCCCCGAGGC